CAUGUUUAGAUUAUCCUAAAAUAGAGAAUCAUGUAAUUAAGAAUAAUCAUAGUUGUUUUGUUUUUUCGAACAAUUCCACCCUUUCUCUCCUAUCCUUUCCUCUCAAUCCACAAUGGAAAAACGGGAGAAACCUACUAGGAUGUCGGUUCCUCAGUUUGGAGGGUGGGAUCACAAGGUUGGUAAUACCGACUACUCUAUGGUGUUUUCUCGAGCUCGUGCUAAUAAGAAGCAGAACAAGAACGACUUCAACCGCCAUAGUAUCGGAAAUGAACAAGAGCUAAUCAUUCAGAAACAGCCCGAGCAUCAGCCCGUUCAGAAAUCCGACCAUCAACAUGAUGAUUCAGUUGUGGUAGGACUCCAUUUUCUAGUGUCUUGUAUAUUAUAUUUUGUUCUACUGCAUUUUUCAACCACUACAUUAUUAUGUUUAAGAUGAUUAUGUAUGAAGAUGAUUCUCCCAAUUAAUAACAUACCAUAUUCAGGUCCUGUUUUGAUCCAUAUCCCCUUGGUUGACCGAUGCACAUGGAUUAAAACAUGCUUGAAUAUGUUAGGGAGAAGAAGAAGAAAAAAAAAAAAGAUAAAGAUGACACGUGUUGUCAUAUUCUUUGAUCUAAUAUU